AUCGGAGCUAGACGUAGAUGGGAGCUAAGAGAUACAAUUGUUGUGACAGCCAUAACACGAAUUGUUGAAUCCCAAGACACGUGAAACAGUAGCUGCUGGAGUCUGAUAGCGACUCGAAGAAAUAAUGGCGGCAAGUCAAGACUUCGCUCUUCCGCUUGAGGACCUGUCAAAAUACGACAGCAAAGAGCUGGAGAAAAUCCUGCAGAAUUUUGGUGGCUUUGACAGUGAUGUUGGCACAUCUUCAGAGUUGAAUCGUAUCUUGGAAGCAGCGGCAGCUCAGACUGACCCAGAGUCUGUGGCCCCCUCCUCCAGUACAGGACCAGGUACCUAUCAGAUCAGCCCUCAACCAGCACCCACAACACCCAAACCUGCCCAAGGUACCAGCAGUAGGCAAAGAGCUGGGGCUGCCAAACAAGGGCCAGCAAGGGGAGCUCACUCCAGCAUGAUGACAGGAAGUCAAGCUGAAAACCAGUCUGCCCCGUAUGUUGAGAUCAUCGAACAGCCUCGAACCAAAGGGCUUAGGUUCAGGUACGAGUGCGAGGGUCGAUCUGCUGGGAGUAUCCCAGGUGAAAACAGCACUCCAGAGAAGAAGACGUAUCCUACCAUUAAGAUCCACAACCAUACUGGGGCAGCUGUUGUUGUGGUGUCAUGUGUCACGAAAGACUUGCCUAAGCCUCGACCUCAUCCCCAUGCCUUGGUGGGGAAGGACUGUACCAAAGGGGUGUGCACCGUACGUGUGAGGGACGCAUCUGUCAUCAAGUUCCCUCACCUUGGUAUUCAGUGUGCCAAAAAGAAGGAUGUAGAAGAUCACAUUCGAACCAGAAAGGAAAUCAAUGUAGACCCUUUUCAAACUGGGUUCGACAAUCCAAAGGACAUAGACCUGAAUAUCGUGCGUCUUUGCUUCCAAGUUUUCCUUCCUGGAAAAGAUGGAAAGUUUACAAGAAUUGUUCAGCCUGUUUGUUCCAAUGCUAUUCUGGACAAGAAGGCACACAAUGAGUUGGUGAUUUGUCGCAUAGACCACACCUCAGGCAGAGCCAGGGGAGGAGAUGAAGUCUUUCUGCUCUGUGAAAAAGUCAACAAAGAUGACAUUGGUGUACGUUUCUAUGAACUUGGUGAAGAUGGUACAUCGACAUGGGAAGACUAUGCAGACUUUGGGCAAGGAGAUGUUCAUAGACAGCUGGCCAUUGUAUUCAGAACACCUGCCUACAGGGAGACAAACAUCAGCACUCCUGUGCACGUGUUCCUACAACUGAGGCGCCCUUCAGACCAGGAGGUCAGUGACAGUAUCCCCUUCACCUACAUGCCAGAGGAUCCAGACCCACACCACAUUGAGGAGAAACGAAAGCGGAAAUUCCAGAAGUUUAACUCUUUCAUCCAGGAUGAGUCACCAGCUGGAAGAAAUGCCACAGUGAAGGAACGAAUCAAGGCUAAGGCUUCAAGAAAGAUUAAACAAGAACAGGCUGAUCCAGCUCUUCCUCUCUAUAACAUUGGUAACAUUGAGGGUCAGUCACAGAAUCAGACCUGUGCUGUCGGCCCUCCCCAUGGUGCGUACAUGGGUGGGGUCCCGGCCAUGAGCACUGUCUCUACCAUGAACUUCACCAGUGGGGCUACCACCAGCGCGGCCACUGUACAAGUCAACCCUCAGCAUGUAAGCGCAACUAGUUCCAACUUGGGGAACAUCACCAUGGGCAACCUGUUCCAGCAGUCAAGUGGUGUCCAGGCAGCCCAACUGCCGGUUGUACCUGACCUUCACAUGUCCUCAAUUCCUGAGGGUCAAGACCCCAACAAAAUGAACAAUGAGUUCAUGUACCCCAACUACACCACCUCUAACCCCAUCAUAACAGACAUUAACUUUGCCGUUCCCACCAGCUCAUUUGACCUCUCUGUCCUUCAGGAGUAUCUCCGUGACAACCCAGCCAACUUGGCCGAGGGGGAGUCAACGGAAAUGGCUUCCUUUGGUCUGUCAAGCGAUCUGCUAACAACAGACUAUGACCCCGGUGUGGCAGCCAUGGUCAGCGUGUCCUCCGACACCAUGGAGAACGACCUUGAAACUCAGCGUCAGUGUGAGGAAGUGCAUAGAGCCCUCAGUGACCUCAAGUGAACAACUGUUAAGCUAAACUAAGGUAUUUUUCAUGGUCAGCUGCUCACUGCCCGCCGUGUGAAAUCUCGGAUCUGGUCAAUUAAUCACAUUCUGCUGGUGGAGAAGUCCCGAUGUUGUUGUUGUUUUAUAGGUACAGAGUUGGCGAGAUGAAGCUCUGGUGUUAGUAGAGGCCGUUUGGAUCUCUGUACCAUUACAGAUCAUAGAGAAGUCAUUUUUAUUUGACUGGAUAGAUUUUUAAAGAGUUCCGCACAAAAUACAAAUCUUGCCCUGCAGCCAGUUGUCAGUUUUGACGAUGUAAAUGUUAUCUGCCUUUGCAGAGAACUUUCAACUUAAACUGCAUUAGGCCAAAUACUGGUUCAUAAAUGUGCAUCAGUAAACUGUUAUGGGAUUGAAUUGUUGAAUAUGUUAGUGAUCUUGGAAUUUUAAAUUGGACAUAUGUUUCCUUGGAAAGCUUUUCUGCUGUGCCAUUUGUCUACAAUAGAAAAGAUCAUGAAACGUGAUUCCAGGACCACAUGUACCAGGUAUUGUGUUUUGAUACUUAGAAAUUUUAUGCAAUCAUGUAAGACUGUCAAUCACCAAUGUAAUUUCUUACCGACAGUGUUUUUGAUUUUGCUUAUGUAUGCUUAGAUGUUAACAUUAUACUGUCAGUUUUAUAAUUUUCAGUCAUAUGGCGAAGAGGAGUCAGGCAUAUGUACAUAUGCUGCUUUCUUGUAGCAGGCGAUUACGUGCCACCGCUAGUCCUGUUUCCUUGUUCUAACCUCCCAGUGCUGAGCGUCAAGCGAGGCAGCAACAAGUACCAUUUUUUAAAGUUUUUGGUAUGACCCGAUCCAGGUUUCUAUUGAUGUUGCAUUUGUAUUGAAAUGCAGAAAGUGCUACUAAGCUGUUAUGGUUAUGAUUAGAUAAGGUAUGUAAAAAUAGAAAUAUAUCUGACUGUACUUAUAUACGUAUAUUCUAACUUGUUCAUAAUUUGGUUUUUGCUUCUGAGCUUCAAAGCUUGUGGGCUUUGUCAUUUAAGUGCACAGAUUUUAAACUGUGAGUUAUCGUGGGAAAAAAGUUUACAGUGUAAAUGUGCGAACGAUACUUACAAACGACUUAAUAGUUAAGCCUUAUUAGUGUCUUACUGGGACAUAAAUCAAAAAAAUUGACAAAAAGUGAAAGAAAAAAAAACAAUUAAAUACCAGAUUUUCUUAAUGUGUGUUUUGCAAUGGUGUACUGGUGCAUGAACUUGGUGGUGGUUCAACUAAUUUUGCCACUAGAGAAAAAAACCUUUGUGGCAUUCUUUACAGCAUAUAUGUUGAAACUAGCAAACUAGUUUGUUUUGGUUAAUAACUCUGUUAGUGGCAUUAAACAGUUGUUUGUUUUUUUUAGGUUAUACAUGCACAGUGUGUUUGUAUUAUACACAGGUAUGUACAUCAUGCAUGCUUCCAUAUGGUGUAAAAAAAAAAAAAAAAACAAUCACAUUCAAUCCUUCAAUAUGCAGAUUACUAUCUGUUCAGCAAGCAUAUAAAAGACCUUUCCGGAACUGUCAUAUCAGGAACACAAGAUUAACCUAUCAUAAUCAGUGUUGUUGCAAAUAGGUCAUCUGGAUGCUCCACACAUUGGUCACAAAUGGUCAAUCUUUCUGUGACAUCACCAUAAGGAAGUUUUUCAAAUUUGAGUUCUUUUGUCCCCAAAGGUAAAAACAGUUUUUAAUACUGUAUCAUGUGAUUUGUCAAAAAUGUUUUAACCUUAAUUGACAUUAAUUUACUGGUCACCUGUCUCACUGUGUAAUGAAAGCUCAAAUAACACAUCAUUCUUUCAGGGACUUCCUUUGUUCACAAAUGCUCACCUCCUCACCAGAUACAAUACGGUUAAGCUUUUUUUGCCUUUAGCAAGUAAAAGGUAUCCCUGGAUCACAAAGCAGUCUUGGACUUCAAGUCAAAAUUUUAAUUAUUCUGUUUCUUAUGUUCCUUUCCUUUAUUUCAGCUGAAAUUUUUUGUCCAUUAACCUACCCAUAUUUUGCAUCAAGGUAUAUUUUGACUCUGAAAUAAG